GUUAGGGCAAUAUUUCUGCUAGUGCCGCAGCUCCAACUAGUUCAGAAAGAAUGGCAACAUAGUUUGCUCUUAGACAAAACGUGACAGACAGGUAAACCUCAGGUAUUUGAUGAUGUCGGUCCAGACUCUUAAUCAAACAGUCAGUUACCACUUGCAGAUUGCCAGUUUUGACAUCCCUUCCCCAAUGACCUACCCUGUGUUCAUCAUGGGUCUCCUGCUCUAUCUGUUCUCUAUUUUCUGUAACCUGACCAUCAUGCUGUUGAUCAUCACACAGCGGACUCUUCACAAGCCCAUGUUUUACAUCCUCUUCAGUCUCCCCCUGAAUGACCUGGUAGGAAUCAGCUCUAUGCUACCCAGGGUGUUGUCAGACAUCGUGACUCAGACUCACUCUGUGUACUACCCCACAUGUGUUUUUCAAGCUUUUCUUUGCCACAUGUACGGGGGUGGUGUGCUUUUUGUACUUGCAGCGAUGUCAAUUGAUAGAUAUUUUGCCAUUUGCAAACCACUGCAAUACCCCUCGAUCAUGACACCUUUUACACUAUGUGUUAUUAUAUCAGCUGCUUGGGGCCUGGACAUGGCCAUGAUACUGACCCUGUUUGCUCUUCAGUCCCGAGUUAAGAGGUGCAAGGCUUACAUACAAAAUAUCUACUGUGACAACCCCUCUCUACUUCGCCUCUCAUGUGGAGAAGAUCUCACAGCUAACAACAUUUAUGGUUUGGCUAUGACAGCGCUUAUGCAGAUUAUCAGUGUUGGUAUUCAGCUAUUUUCCUAUAUUAACAUUCUUGUAAUAUGCAUAAUUAAUCGACAAUCUGACACCAAGAGCAAGGCUGUAAACACCUGUGUUGCUCAGCUAGUGACAUUUCUCCUUUUUGAACUUACUUCCACCUUUGUAAUACUGUCAUAUCGCUUUCAGAACAUACCUCAUAAUGCACAGAAACUGUGCGGUAUGAUGAUCUAUCUGCUCCUACCAAUUAUUAAUCCAAUUAUAUAUGGGAUGAAAACAAAGGACAUCAGAUCAGCAUUUUUCAUGGUGGUGAGGAAGAAAAAGAUAGCGUUCAAGUGAACAUUUCAUGAAUGUCAGCUCCACACUGGUUGCCUGUGUGUCUUAGGGCUCAUGCGUAUAUCUCCGCUAAUCAAAUGGAAAAUGAAUCUGUUUUGGGGCAACAUCGACUCUGCUCAUGUAGUGUAGGCCGAUCAAUACCCUGUCAUAGUAAAACACCUAACAUUUGUUCAAUACAAUUCUUCCUUCACUUGUUUUCAGAAUACCAUUCAAUCGCAUUUUGUAAACUGGACAUGUUAGGCAGUGGCCUUUUUAAAGGUUUGUUUUACUCAUGUAUUUUAUGUGAUAUUUUAAUAUAUGCAUAAAGUUGUUUCAUAUAAAUUGAUAUAUUGCAAGGUGACCUCAGCGUGGAAAAUUCUGUCAUAUUAAUGAGUAGUCCUGCAAUUUCCCAAGCCACCCAGACUGAACCACUUGGUGCUGUGUUAUAUUGUUCAAU